CAGAGCAAGGAUAAGUCAAAGCUAGUGUAAGAGGCAGUGUCUGCCAUUCGCAGAAAUGGUAGGGCUGGCAAAAAGGGGGCGAGGGUGCAUGUAGCUGUGGGCAAAAUAAACACCCACUUGUUGCUUAGUUGGAGAAAGCCAAGACCACAAAGGCUGCUCAAAUGUCAAAGAGGUAGAGCUGGCGGGAAGCCAGGGCUCCCCUGGACUCUGUCGCUAUGGCAGUCUUUGUGACCGGAGUUUUUAUCUGGGAGGUGUGCUGGGGGCUGCAUGCAGACCUCAGGGUGACCAUGUACACAUCGAGUCUCAGCUUUUGAAGUUGAUAAAGCUGUUUCUUUUGGUGGUGGCUGCUCAUUAAACCAGCAGGAUUUGAUGACCUGCUAAGUUAAGUUCAAAAUAUGUGGACUGAGCAGGCGCCUGGCACUCCUCAGACCAGCUCGACUCUGCCAGGAAACUGGAAUCUCACUGUAGCUCUUGGAACUGCAUUCUAAGCUUGACCAUCACUCAAGGAAGCCGUCUGGAAUAAAAGCUCCCUGGACUGAGAAAGAACGCAGCAGCAGCUGAGCUGGAUCGCUAGCUCGUUCCCUUGCUCUCUCAACUCCUACCUGCGGCUCUUCAACCCACCUCCUCCUUACGCACCCCACUUCCUCACUCUCUGCUCUUAACCGCUCCUCACUUCGUUCUCUCCUUCUCUCUCUGCUGCCCCCUUUUCAGGCCCUCUCCGAAUCUUCCUCUUUAGUUAAGAACUAACCUUUCCUGCUCCUCACUCUUCCUCUCGCCAUCUCCCCCAUCUUGUCCCUCCCGUUUCUCCUUCUCUCUCCCCUUAUCUUGCCAGCUUCUCUCCUUGCUCCCUGUUCCUCUUCUCUUUCUUUCACUCUACCAUCUACACUUCUUUUCUCCUCUCCUCCCCCUGCCUCAGCUCUCAGUGUUUGCUUUUCUCCCGGAUGCGGAUGCGGAUGAAAGGGUUGGCCUGCCCGUGCCCUGACCUACCCAAGUUCUUGGAACUGGGGACCUGCUUAAUGGCUGAGAGUUCCCGGACUCAGGCGCCAGGUCAAGGGCCUCCUAUAAACAUCCAGUUUCUUCGUGCCCAGUAUGAAGGUCUGAAGAGACAGCAGAGGACCCAGGCCCACCUAAUGGUGUUCCCUAAAGAAGGGACCGUGCCUAUUCCAGCUAAAGCGAUGACCAGUGCUGUUUGGAUUAACAAGGAGAGAAGGAGCUCACUGUCACCAGAGGAGACUGACUCUGAGGCUGAGGGGAUGUGGGAGGAAGUGGACAGAGGCUUCCAUCAGCCUUCCGAAACCCCAUGGCACACAUACUUAGAGCUGCACCGCCUGCUUCAAACCUUCCAUUUGGAAGCCGGUCACCAAGGGAAGCCCAAGGGAUACCUCGUGGAGCCAGAAGCCAGGUUCCCUCCGGAGGGGGACACUGACUGUUUGAAAAACAAUCAAAAGACACAGCAGGAAAUGAAAAUCCCAGAGGAAGCCCGGUGUCAAAGUCAGGAGGGCUGUGCCCCACUACAGGUAGCAGGCUCUAGUGCUCACUGUCUUUCUUCCACAAAGAACUUAAGGUCUGGAAAAGCAGCUUACUAUCCAUUUCCCCAGAGGAAACCACCCAGGAUCUCCCAGGCUGCCCGGAACUUGGGCUUGUAUGGCCCACCCUGAAGCUUUCCACUCAACCAGAUAUCUCAUCCGUGUGGCCACUAACGACUCAUCAAGGAACCACACAAAGCCACAACCAGGACCUUGAACAAUGAGCAACUGUUGGACCACCUCAAUUCUGGAAUCAUGGGAAAUGAGUUUCUUAAUUGA